AUGAUUUACUGCAAAGCGGCUCGUUUUUACGACGGCACGACCCAGGCCAAGGUCCUCGCCGCCUCCACGCCCAAGGAACAGAAGUCUCUCGGCAAGCUGGUCAACGGGUUUGAUCCCGAGAGCUGGGACGAGGUCAAGAGCAGCGUGGUGCUGGCGGGCUCGAUUGCAAAGUACGAGCAGAACCCGAAGUUGAAGGACAAGUUGCUGGCUACGGGUGAGAGGUUGUUGGUUGAGGCGGCUUCGAAGGACCGCGUGUGGGGAAUUGAAUAUACAGAGAAGGAGGCGAUGAGUAAUCGAGAGCACUGGGGUGAGAACAGGCUGGGAAAGGCGUUGAUGGAGGCGAGGGAGCAUUUGAUGGGGAGGACAUAG